CCGCCGCCGGCUCCCGGGCACUUCCCUCGCGCCGCCCCAUCCGCUCAGCUUCUGCAAAGAUGGCGUGGAGGUUCGCGGCCAAGUUGCGAGCGGCGGCUUCCCUGUGCUUACACUCGUCGUACAGGACAGUGCAAGCCGCCCGACUGCCCCGGAGCCUGAGUACCGCUGCAGCGGCCCUUUCUGCUCGCAAGUUUACAGACAAACAUGAAUGGAUAACAGUUGAAAAUGGAAUUGGUACAGUGGGCAUUAGCAAUUAUGCUCAGGAAGCAUUAGGAGAUGUUGUAUAUUGUGGUUUGCCAGAAAUUGGUACAAAAUUGAACCAGUUGGAUGAGUUUGGUGCCCUGGAAAGUGUGAAAGCUGCCAGUGAACUGUAUUCACCUCUCACUGGAGAAGUAACUGACACAAAUAAAGCUUUAGCUGACAAUCCAGGACUAGUCAAUAAAUCUUGUUAUGGAGAAGGUUGGCUUAUUAAAAUGACGCUGGACAACCCUGCAGAAGUUGAUGAGCUGAUGGAUGAAGGCGCUUAUGAGAAAUUCCUAAAGUCCAUUGAAGACUGAGCUACUUUUCUUUCCAAGCAAUAAAUGUUGCACAUUUGUACCUGUGUACGUUAGCAGUGGAAGUUGGUUGUGCACCUCGGGUUCCCAGGUUUAACAAGCAAGAGUAAUAUAUAUGGAGUGCACUACAAUGGGAGCCUGUUAUAUUAGUCAUUAUAAUGGAAAUAGAUAAAAUCGCUAAACAAAACAAAUUGACACUUAGCCUACACAAUCCUUCUGGUUUUUGCAAUAUUUCAGCAAUUGAAGAAUAUAUUGGCUGUAAAUUUUUAACUGUUCAGCACUAGAUUAUAAAUCAAGUUUUACUUGAAACAGUGAUGCUGGUCAAUAAUGUAUGGAAUUGGUCGCCACGGCACUGAAAUCAUGGCACAGUUUGUCUUCGACCAAUAAAUGCAGCUUUGUUGUGAA